AUGGCUCAACUAACCACAUACAUUCCAGAUGAUAUGAUUUAUUGCAUAUUGGAAUUUAUUGAUUCUAUUGAUCGGAUCAGAGUGAUGCGAGUUUCCAAAACAUUUUUUAGGAUUUCUCUAAGCGUACCUCUCUCACUGGAUUUAUCUUUUAAGAAGAGAAUUGGUAUCCAGAGGUUGUCCCUCAUGUUGAAGAGUAGCAAAAAUCAUCUCCUUAAAUUAACGAGCCUAAAUCUAUCGGAAAAUAAUUUAACGAAGGAAGUAAUAGAAGCCUUAUGUAAUUGUGAUGGUUUUCCAAAUUUAAAAAGCUUGAACCUACAAAAUAACAUGAUUCAUAGAACUGGAGCAAGUUUUUUGGGGACAACAUCCAAGUUUAAACAAUUAGAAGAGUUGAAUCUGAACUCGUGUUCUAUUGAUGAUGUAGCUAUGAGAUUAAUUUCAGUGAAUCAAGAUAUUGCUGAAUCACUUAGAUCAUUAUCUAUUCGAAAUAAUAAUGUUGGAAAUAUUGGAGUGAAAUACCUAUGUAGCACCAUGGUUCAUUUAACCAAAUUGGACAUUUCAAAAAAUUCAGCCUUUAUGGGAGGAGAAGCAAUUGUCAAUAUUUCAAACAAAUUGAGUCAGUUAACUGAUUUAUCUAUCAAUGACAAUCCUAUUGGAAAUGUUGCAGAGUUGUGCAAAAACCUUAAAAAUCUAACCCAUUUAGAUUUAAGUAAUUGUAAGUUAAAUGAUAAUGGGCUAAAAGAGUUUGCAGAAAAUUCGCAACUUGUAAAUUUGAGGAUUCUCAAUCUGAGAUCGAAUAACAUUUCAAAUAUUGAGCCAUUAGCAAAGUGCAAACACAUUACAGAACUAAGAAUGUUAUGUCUUUCUUGUAACUCUAUUGGCGAAUCAUUCGAAAGUUUCAUUCAAGUGUCCCGAGUAUCAAAUCCAUUUCCAUCCCUACAAGUUCUUGAUUUGAGCAUGUGCUCAAUUACUCAAGAAGUUGCAUACAAACUCACUUCCAGCACCAUUCUUGAUAAACUAAAAGCACUUAAUAUUAGUGGAAACAAUAUCGGAAACGCUGAAAAUGCACCUCGUUUACAACUCAUUAGCAGUGCCAUGACAUUUUCUCCUAACAUGAUUAUUCAAUAA